AUGACGAUGAUGAGCAAAUGGGUCUUUCUGGCACUUAUAGUCUCCGUCGUCAUCUCUAUGAGAAACCCCAAAGGUGAAACAAAACCCUCUGCUUCACCAUCUUCCUCAAUGGAUUCUUGGAUUUCUAUAGAUUUUCUUUCUGGUAUCGAAGGAGGUGCCCUCAAUCUCGAUUGUGAUACUUCAGUUCUAUUAGAAGACAUCAAUGGGAAUAAAAAUCACUUGAUAGAAAAGAAUGCAAUUCCGAACAUGACGUUCAAGGGAUUUAAUUGUGUAAAUAUCAUCAAAGAGGAGCUGGAAAAAGUUUGCCCCGGGGUGGUUUCUUGUGCUGACAUUCUUGUUCUUGCUACUAGAGAUGGUGUUCUUAUGGUUUGGUCGCCGUCUAUAUGGAGGUAUCAGUUGGGUCUUCAAUGGAACUCUAGUUCAGUUCAUACAACUUCGAUUCGGAGCUCGCCGGCUUCAAUGGACGCUGCUGCUGCUCGGAGCUCGCUGGAAUGGAUAGGUCGUUGUAACUCUGCACAUGUCUUCAUCUUCGGUUGGGCCGGUGAUACUCAGAGCUUCCCACCGAUGGCCAUAGAGUUUGAAGCCGGGCGCGCAGGUGGUCUAUACUAUCCUGUGCUGAUGGGCAGAAGAGACAGUGACCGAUCAUACUUUCAAAGAGCUAUGACUGAAAUCUCAAAGCCAGACAGCAAUAUCAAUAAAACGCUUUAUUUGUUUGGGCUUAGAGGAUUCGGUGAAAGGGAAACUGUUGCACUUCUAGGCUUUGACUCUCAUUACUAUCAGAGUUUGCUGAGAGGGAGAGGGCUCCUCCUAUUUGCAGACCAGCAGCUUAUGGCAAACGAGAAGACAGCCGAAGCUGUAAGAGACUACGCUGCGGAUGCAGCAUUUUUCAGAAUGGAUUUUGCCAGGGCUAUGGUGAAGUUGUCAAGCCUUGGAGUGCUUACUGGAUCUCAAGGACAGGUCCGUCUCAACUGCUUCUUGCCUGUAGUUUCUAGUAAGCAGAACUUGCAAAGUAAACACUAA